GUCGACCAGAUAAGAAUAUAUGACUAUAUAAUUAAAUUAACACAAUUUUUUCGUCCAUAAAUGUUAUGUGUGGCGAAAUAGAAACAAAUGAAGAGUAACAUAGUGUGUGUGUUUCUGAUCAAUGGAUUGUUGGUUAGUGCUUUCCCCGCGAAUGACGGAGUGGAUAAUGGCAUACAUAUAACAGUGCCAGUGGCGGGCGUGGCAGAGUUCAGCGGUACUGCCCCGGCUACUGGAUCAGUAGCUUUAGUUACUCACACUCCAUGUCCUGAAGUUAUGCUGCCGUUUACUCCUAGUACUCCAGACAAUGAGUCUUUACCGAAAAAUAUUAUGUUAGGAGCUACAUUAGCGGACGCUAUUCUCGCCGAAGCCGGUGAUAAAAUAGACGCUAAAAUGGCAGAAAUGGACGCAUUCGUAGAAAAAGAAUUUGGAAGGAUGGGACCACAAAUGCAAAAUGCAAUGGAAAACGGAGCUAAGUCAGAUAUAGAAAGUGCUUUGGACUCAACUCUUCAGCAAAUGGAAUCGGAAAUUUCUACUGAAUUAUCUCAGUUUGACAAGUUUAUAGAGUCAGAAUUGGCAAACACUGAAGAAAUGGUCCAAGCAGCUCUAAGAAAAGUAGAAUUAGAAACAGAACGCACAGACGACAAGAUCACACAAACAGUAACAAAAGAGUUGACAGAACAAGAAGCGUUAAUACAAUUGGCAAUGCUUAUCCUACAAUCGUUUGUGGAAUCAAAACUCGCAGAAACAGAAAAUUUAGUCAAAUCUGAGCUCGAAAAGGUAAAUACAUUUGUGGAUACAGAGCUAGAAAAAACGGAUGCUCUAAUACAAUCUAAGCUUUCAGAAAUGGAAACUGUUGUAGAAUCAAAUCUUGCGAAAACGGAAUCAUUUGUAGAAACUGAAUCAGAAAAAGUUGAUAGAUUUAUCAAAGCAGAGCUAACAAAAACGGAAUCAUUUGUAGAAACUGGAUCAGAAAAAGUUGAUAGAUUUAUCGAAGCAGAGCUGGCGAAAACCGAAGCAUUUGUAAACUCGGAAUUAUCUAAAAUUAAAUCAGUUGUAGAAAAGGAAUUAGAAAAUGUUGAAAAAGCAUUAGAAGAAGUUGAUGAUUCUUGUACAAUGAGCAGUGAUGACACUCCAAUGCUUCCUUACAUUGACACCGGCUCCGCUCCACCUACAAUAGGUACUCGAAACCCGAUCAUAACCCUGAACGAAGAGCCUUACAACGACCAAUACCUAGGAAAAAUAGCACCAGUAAUGUACCAUCGGAGGCAACUCCCGAGGGUGAACGUCAUCAGAGGAACAGCAAGGGCUACAGGCAGCAUCAAGCUUUUCUCUAAAUUUCCAUGUCCACCAUUGCAAGCGACGGAAAUAGGUCCGGAUGGAAAGAAAUACAUAUGGAUUAAGAAAAAAUCUGAUGCAGAAAAACCUUCAAGGCCAAAACUCGAAAACCCCGAUUCCUCGGAUCUCCCAAAGGGAGCCAUACAAACCAAUUGCGAGGACCCUGGCAGUGAAGAGCCUGAAGAUUUAGGACCUUUAGGUCCCAUUCCUAUUCGUGGUGAAGUAGUUUUUGAGGGCACGGCACCUGCUUAUGGCUCAGUUAGUAUUACUGGGCAUAGUGUUGAAGCCUAG